AUGGACGCCAAUCCGCGUGUCUCGGAAGCGGACGUCUAUGCCGCCAAUCUCGACUAUACGCUCAAAGAGCUCCAAGGGAAGAUCGAUGAGCACCAGGCGGAGCUCCAGCGGAUACGUGCCGUCACCGAUGAGGAGAGCCCCCUCCCCCCCGAGGAGCAGGCAGUCGUCAUCAAGUCGGCCCUCGACGACUUGAUCAACUCGGAACCCUUCUUGCCCUCUCCCGGCUCCCUUCUCCCCGCCCUGCUGGCCUUGCGCAGGACGCACCAGACGAUUGUGGAAUCAAACGGCUUUCUCGAUUCGCAUAGCCCCGACGUGGAGCGAGCCAAAAGGCAGCUCGAAGCCGACCACGCCAGUCUCAAGGAUCAGCAACUCCUGGCCGAUGCCCUUGACGUCAGGGUACAGUCCCUGCGGCAUCAGCUCGACACCCAGUCCGACAUGCCGCCCGAGGACGGCGCCAGGAAACGAAUCGAAGAGCUCGAGGCCAAGGUGACCAAUUACGACGCCCAGACGGCGAGGCUGAUGAAGUCGCUGCUCGCCUUUAUCCAAAAUCACUUGGCCGUCAUGCUCGCGGCCGAGGAGCUGGGAGGGCCUGUCGUCGGCAGCGCCCUGGACAUUGAUCCGCAAGACCUCGCCGCCGGCUUCAACGCGCAGGGAAAGCCCAGCAAGGCCAAGAGCGGCGCCGACAGCCGGGUAAAGCGCCAGCGCCGCAUCGAUGAGCUUUGGGGCACGGGCAGCGCGCAGGCCGAGGCCGCCGCCGACGACGAGGUCGCAGCAGCCGGGAGGGAGAUGCAGCGGCUGACGGAGGAGCUCCUCAAUGCGCUUGUCGAGGCCAAAGGAGACAACUCGGCGUCGUACGUGAGGCUGACCCGGGAAUCGGCUGCCGCGAGGUUUCUCGUCAGGUCCAAGGUGGCGCAGUUUCACCCCAAGGAUGCAACGAGGUUAAGGCUCGUCGACUUUGGCCGAGAGCUCGAGAGCUGA